AUGAUUCGCCUUCGCACCUCUGCAGCAGCAGUGCCCUCUGCAGCAAGCAGCAGCAGCCCGUUGGGCUGCAGCAGCGCCAGCAGCUUGGGGGCAGCAGCAGCAAACGCCUCCAGCUCCGCAGCAGACAGGCCCACUGCCACCGCUUCUCUGCAUGCAGCAGCAGCAGCAGCAGCAGCAGCAGCAGCAGCAGCAGCAGCAGCAGCAGGGGGCUCUGGGAGAGCAGCAGCGAAGGAGAGAAAAGGCGAAGGAGGAGCAGCAGCAGCAGGAAGCAAACGCUGCAGCAGAGAGCCCAGGGCGGGGCUGCUGUCUGAAGAAAGCAGCAGGAGAGGGCUGCUGCCGGAAGCCGCCAUCGGGAGUCUCGAAGCAAAAUCCCACUUUGCAGGAGGGGCCCCAGGGGCCCCCGGGGCCCCCUUCGAGAGCCCAGACAGAACUGCAGCAGCAGCACCACCGCAGCAGCAACGGCGCAGCAGCAGCAGCAACCGCGCAGCAGCAGCAGCAGCCGCGAGGCAGCAGCAGCAGCAGCGACGCUGCAGCAGCAGCAGCAGCAACGCUGCCGCUGCCGACGCCGCAGCAGCAACGCAGCAGCACCAGCAGCAGCAGCAACGCAGCAGCAGCGGCGAAACCUUAACAGCAGCGUCAUCUUUACAGCAGCAACAGCUGCAGCAGCAGCUGCAGCAGCGGCAGCAGCAGCUGCAGCAGCGGCAGCAGCAGCUGCUGCUGCCCCUCUUUGCCUGCUUCAGCAAAGCAGCAAAGCAAACAUGGCUGCCACAGCAACAGCAGCAACUCCGGCCUGCAGGAGCCGCGGGCCUCCUUCUCCUAGCAGCAGCAGCAGCAGACUGCACGGGCCAUCGU